AUGGGCCCAGCAGGAAGAGACUCGCGUUCAAAGCAGGACAAUUCAAGGUAUGAUCAUAGAUCGAGAGAUAGAGAGUCAGGUUCAUCAUCAAGGUUUGGAAAAGAUCGAAACGCACGAGAGACGCGAGAUGAUGAUAGAAACUUAAAGGCAAGAUUUGGUGGUUACAAUUUUAAUGUCAGCACUUCAGAGUUAGUAGCAGUAUUAAGAAGCAUGAGUGAUAAGUUGCGGUGGCCAAAGAAAAUAAGAUCAAAUCCAAAUAGUCGUAAUCCUGAUCACUGGUGCAAAUUUUAUAACGAUCAUGGUCAUAAAACGACAGAUUGUAGAUUGUUACGGGGUGAAGUAGACCAUUUAUUAAAGCAAAGAUAUCUUACCGAGCUAUUUAGUGAGAAAGGUAAGCAAGAAUACAUGAAGAACAGGCAGGAGCCCCCUAAACCUCCUUUUCCAAAAAGGACCAUUAACGUUAUAAGCGGAGGAGAAGAAAUUAACGGCAUGACAUAUAUGACAACCAAGAAAAUUUCAAAAGUUACAAUUACACAUGGAAAGCGGGUACGACAUGUUUUGGAGGAAGAAAGUAUUACAUUUGAUGAUGCAGAUACGGACGGCGUGUUAACUCCACACAACAAUGCACCGAUGCAAGCUGAAGAUAAGCUAGUACCCAAGGCACAUACUUUAUCUGGCUUUGAUAAUUCAAGCGCCGUGACAAAAGGGGAAGUAGUACUUAUAACAUUCGCAGUAGGAGUUGUCAGAGAUACAAAAUUUCAGGUGGUAGAGAUGGAAAUGGCUUAA